AUGUCGUCACGAUUUCUGGUGUCAUCCAGUAGAAUUUCUACGCAUCGCCGAUGUGAUAAUUGUAGUGUUACUAUCGAUUACGUGGUUUGGAAACAAUGUAUAAUAUGCGAAGUGUUUGAUUUAUGUCCUACAUGUGCUAAACUUGAUUAUACUGACCUACUACCUGGAACGCGGGAUCAUCAUAAACGUUGGCAUCGAACGUUAUUGAAAACUCAGCCAAUAACUGAUGAUUGUUUGAAAUGGUUACCGGUCGAACAAGCUGAAAAAAAUGGGAAAGAAGCUCGAAAAAAAAUAAAACAGAUAAAAUAUGAGCAGAUACAAAAGGAGAAGAAAAUCGAAAAUGAUUAUGAAGUGUAUAUUGUUACAGAAAGACUAAAGCAACUGGCAAAUGAAUCAUCAACAACAUCCCAAGAAACAGAACUGAAUCAAUUAAACUCAUUGAUUGCUGGAUACCAUUUGCAAUCAUUUCAACGGAACAUACGCGUACUCAGCUUAGAUGGUGGUGGCGUACGCGGUUACAUGCCUAUCAAAAUUCUUGUUCAACUUAUAACAGAAAAAUUUCUUUCAAACCCUGAACAAUUUAACCCCAGCGAUACAGCUCACAAGGAACGAUUUACAGUGGCUCAGAUGCGCUUUACGGAUCAGUUUGAUUAUUUCAUCGGCACUAGCACCGGCGGACUUAUCGCUUUUUGUUUGGCUAUGAAUUAUAAUAUAUUGGAUAUGAUGGAUAUGUAUGCAAACUCUUCUUACUAUUUCAAGCGCAACUAUUUGGGGCCCUUGAUCUACUCCAAAUAUGAUCCAUCUCGUAUACAUCAUAAGAUUGAUGAAAUAAUCAAUGGAAUUCAAUUCAAAGAUGGUACACGAUUAUCAGCUGAAAAUGCUACUUUACUUGAUAUUCGUAAUCUCUUGAAUCCUGACAAUAUGAUUGACGAUGAACAAUUGACAUCGGCCGUUUCAUAUCGUAGUAAUUCCUUAGAAUUUGUUGAUGACAAGAACUUUACGGAGGAUCAAGGGUUCAUUAGUGAACUCGGUAAUCUUCAUCGUGUCAGACGUGAAAAAGUAUUACUGAUUACUGCUUACAACAUAACAACGGACAGCAUGGCAAUAUUUAAUACAAGUUAUGCUAAGCAUUGGGGCUAUCGUAUUUCAGAUGUAUUAAAAGCCACUAUGGCUGCUCCGACUUAUUUUCCACCACAUGAAAUAUGGAGCGGAAAGAAACAUUAUGGAAAUUUUGUGAAAGAGGGUACGUCCGAAUUAUAUAUUGAUGGCGGUGUGUUCGCCAAUGAUCCAGAAUUAGCUGCAAUAUGGGCAAUACGAAUGCAAUGGAAAAAGCUAGUCAAUUAUCAUUUACUUUCGAUUGGUACAGGUUGUUAUAAUACAACACUAUCUUCAUCUACUUGGGGUGGUUACAUGGGAUGGAUAUUUAACAAAGGAUUCUUAAUCAAUACUUUGAUGGAUGCUUCACGUAGUUUCAUUGAAACCAUUGCUGGCAAUUUGGCUAAAUUUCAUGAUAUCAGACGAAUGAAAUUAAAUUAUCAAAUUACAAAAGCGAUGGCUUUAGAUGAUGGCAAUUUUGUAAAUAAAUUCGAUGAAGAAUGGGAAACCUUGAAAAAGGAAGACGAUUACAAAGCAUUGGUUUACUUUUAUGACACAUAUAUUGCGAUACAGAACGAAUCGAAAAUAUAA